AUGAACAUAGAAUUACUUUCUACAUUUCAACAAAACUAUCCUGAAGAAUUCGAUGGCACACUUGACUGUGCAUCGAUGGCUGUUUGUUGUGCUUUUAAUAAAGUUGGCUCAAUGUUAGCUGUCGGCUGUUCCGAUGGUCGUCUUGUUAUAUGGGAUUUUUUAACGCGUGGUAUAGCAAAAAUAAUCUGCGCCGAUUGGUCGCCGAUAUGUUGUAUAUCAUGGUCAAAGAAAUCGGAUUUAAUAGCAACAUCAUCAACAGAUAAUACAGUUUGCAUUUGGUUUACAUCGACUGGACGUUGUCGUACACGUAUAUCAUGUAUUCAAUCACCAAUACUUAAAGUUCAAUUUCAUCCACGAAAUUCAGCGUAUUUACUCAUAUGUCCAAUGAAACAUCCACCUGUUCUAAUCGAUAACAAUGGUAAACAUACAAUAGUUACAAUCGACGAUGAACCUAAUGAUAUUAUAUCAACAUUUGAUCGAAAAGGUGAACAUAUUAUAUUGGGUAAUAGUCGAGGUUUAAUUGUCGUUAAAACAUUUUCCGAUUUAAAAACAAUUUCAUCAUUUCGAAUUACAACUGGAACAAAUACAAAUACAGUAUUAAGACAUAUUGAAAUUCCACGACGAGGUCAAUAUUGUCUAGUUAAUACAAGUGAUCGAAUAAUUCGAAUCUAUAGCUAUGCUGAAAUGUUAUCAUGUGGUAUUGGCCAUGAUCUUGAACCUAAACAAAAACUUCAAGAUCUUGUUAAUAAAUCGUUAUGGCGUAAAUGUUGUUGGUCAGGUGAUGGUGAAUAUAUUUGUGGUGCUUCAUCUCGACAACAUUCAUUAUAUAUAUGGGAAACAGUAUCGGGUAAUCUAGUUAAAAUUUUACAUGGUACAAAAGGUGAAGCUUUAGCUGAUGUAUGUUGGCAUCCUGUACGUCCAAUAAUAGCCAGUAUAUCGAGUGGUGUUGUAUCCAUAUGGUCUCAUUCUCAAGUUGAAAAUUGGUCAGCAUUUGCACCAGAUUUUCGUGAACUUGAAGAGAAUGUUGAAUAUCAUGAGCGUGAAUCUGAAUUCGAUGUUAAAGAUGAAGAUCGUAGUUUAGACGGUUUAGAUUAUGCUGGUUCACCUAAUAAACGGCAACGUUUAGAUAACAACGGAAAAUUAAAAAAUGCCGAUGAUGAUGAAAUUGAUAUUGACGUUGUUACUGAUCAACGCAUUGAAGCACUAGUAUCAAGUGAUGAUGAUGAUAUUAAUGAUCAACUUGUCUAUUUACCAGUUGCACCGGAUAUUGAAGAUCCUGAUAUUGAAUUUCCAACACCUAUAACUAAUAUACCUAAGACUCGUGCAGCAAGUCCAUCGUUUCAAACACGGGUUACAGCCGAUGAAACAUAUGAUAUUCAACUGAAAAUACCGCCUGUUCAAGAUGUUCAUCCCUAUUUUGGCGGAACAAAACAGCCACGAUCAACCAUGAAUACAUUGAUCAAUACUCAGGAUUCCAUAGGUACUAAACGUGAAAUGAAAGGUCGUCGUAAAAUACAUCAUCAUCAUCAUCACCACCAUCAUCAUCAUGAUCAUCAUCAUCAAUUUCAACAUCAAAAUUCUCUUCUACAACCAGAACAAGUCCACCAACAAACCAUUCUAUUGCCGAAAUCAAUCGAUGCAGCCGUAGCAACUGUUACAAAUAAUCAAAAACGACCAUUAGGAGCACCAACAUCAGAAAUUCGAGGACAACGUGCACGUUCAGCUCGUCUUGAAGGUAAAAAAGCAGCGGCUACAACACCAACUGUAGCUAAUACACAAACAUUCGUAUCGACUACAACAACAACAGAAGAGAUAACUAAUACGUCACGUACGAAACGUGUUAGUCAUCAUACACAUUCAACCGAUAAUGAUGCUGACUUUGUGCCACAUUGA